UAAACGAGGACAAAGCAAAGCCGCCACCAGCGCCGUUGUCUACCUCGACCGCGGCAACCUUCUCCCGCUACGCUACCUUCCCGCGCGACCUCAACACAGGCAGCAGGAUGCGAUAGACCUGUAACGGCAUUAAACAGCACGCGCCGACAAUGAGCCUUGUCAAUGCCCCGAAGUCCGCCGCCGCGCUCUACUCCUCCCUGCUCCAGAGCUGCAUCGGCGCUAACGCGUUCCGGCAAGGCAAGUCCGUGCACCACCGGGCCAUCAUCACUGCGUCUUCCGACCCAUCACCUCCGGACCUCCUCCACCUGAGCACCAAGCUCGUCAUGUUCUACUCCCACUUCGGCGACGUCGCGGCCGCACGCGCGGUGUUCGACGGGAUGCCGCACCGGAGCGUCGUGUCCUGGACGGCCAUGGUCUCCGGGUACGCCAAGAACGGCCGCGCCCCGGAGGCGCUGGAGCUGUUCGCGCUCAUGCUCCGGUCCGGCGCCAGGCCGAACCAGUUCACGUUCGGGAGCGCGGCGAGGGCGUGCGCGGGCGGCCGCUGCGCGAGGAGCGGGGAGCAGGUGCACGCGUGCGCGGCCAAAGGGAGGCAUGCGGGCGACAUGUUUGUGCAGAGCGCGCUCAUGGACAUGCAUCUGAGGUGCGGGUCAGUGGGGGACGCGAGGCGACUGUUUGCGGAGAUGGAGAGGAAAGACUUGGUGUCAUGGAAUGCCCUGAUGAGGGGGUUUGUGGAGCGGGGGCAUUAUAGUGAUGCCCUUGGAUUGUUUGCUUCAAUGCUGAGAGAUGGGAUGCUACCUGACCAUUUCACAUUUGGAAGUGCUCUAAAGGCAUGUGGAGCAAUCAGUGUGAUUUUCAAUGUGGAACUAAUUCACACAUGCAUCAUCAAGCUUGGUUAUUGGGAUGAAAAGGUUGCUACUGCAUCACUUAUUGAUUCUUAUGCAAAAUGUCGAAGCUUAAGCAGUGCGAGGGUGAUAUAUGAUUCCAUCUGUGAACCAGACCUUGUGUCAUCUACGGCAUUGAUCAGUGGGUACUCCAUGGAUAGGAACUACAGUGAAGAUGCAAUGAAGCUCUUCUGUAAGAUACAUCGGGAGGGUUUAAGAAUUGAUGGUAUUCUGUUAAGUGCCUUGCUUGGUGUUUGUGCUAAUGUAGCAUCAAUAAAAUUCGGGACACAAAUUCAUGCUUAUAUGCACAAGAAGCAACCUAUGGGUGAUUUGGCAUUGGACAAUGCUCUUGUUGACAUGUAUGCAAAGUCAGGAGAAUAUUUGGAUUCCAGACGUGCUUUUGAUGAAAUGCCCAGCCGAAAUGUGAUUUCGUGGACUUCACUUAUUACUGCCUGUGCACAACAUGGUUUUGGAGAAGAUGCUGUGACCCUUUUUGCUAGGAUGGAGGAGGAUGGUGUGAAGCCAAAUGAUGUGACAUUCCUUUCUCUUCUAUCAGCAUGCAGCCAUUCUGGUAUGAUGAACAAAGGGAUGGAAUAUUUCACUUCUAUGAUGAACAAGUAUGGUAUUGAUCCAAGAGCCAAGCAUUACAGCUCUGCUAUUGACCUUCUUGCUCGUGGUGGUCAGUUAGAAGAUGCAUGGAUGCUUCUUCAAAAGACGAAUACUGAGUGCAAGUCAUCAAUGUAUGGUGCAAUGCUUGGAGCUUGCAAGGUACAUGGCAACAUUCCUCUUGGAGAAACUGCGGCUAACAAUCUUUUCAGUAUAGAUCCCAAGAGUUCUGUAAACUAUGCUGUGCUUGCAAACAUGUAUGCAGAAUCAUGUUUAUGGGAGGAUGCUCAGAGAACAAGAAAAUUAUUGGCGGAGACAUCCAAAGGAAAAGAAGUUGGUUUCAGUGUCAUAUAAAUUAGGUUAUGGUCGAUAGAGAUAUUUUCAUCUUCAGAAAGUGAAAGGGGAUGUCUAUUUGCCUCUAAAAGUGAUCAAGAUGAAUCUGAAACUCUGAUCUUCUUUUGACUAUGUUCCAAGACCCCAGAUGGACUUUAGAUCCAACAUACAUGACAGCUGUUGGAACUCUGACCUUGUGAAGGCCAUUUCAAUUAAAAAGUUGUACACUAGCCCUUCGCAAGAUUUUUGCUCCCACAAUGCACCAAGCUCGUGCUUCUUCCUUAAUCAUGUGGACGAUGGUACUCGGCAGGCUGUGUCACCCCUGGAAAAUUCACAAUGCACCAGUCACUAGGGCUUUGCAAGAUUUUUGCUCCCACAAUGCACCAAGCUCGUGCUUCUUCCUUAAUCAUGUGGACGAUGGUAUUCGGCAGGCUGUGUCACCUCUGGAAAAUUCACAAUGCAUCAGGAUCUCUAUUUUAGCAUGAUAGAUUCUUAUGGUGUCAUCUAGAAAUAUACUUUUAAAUUGCGGAAUGUGUUAUAUGUGUACCAGAUGGAAAUCCGAAGGUUGAAGGGUUUUUUUAAUGACAUGGUUAAUUUGCAAUCGCCUGUGUUCUGUCUAGGGCUCAGCUGACUAAUGUGCAGGAAGUAACCUGACUGCCAUAAACUGCUUCAGUGGUGUUUAGUAUGUUGCUGAACUACUUGUGCGAUGCAGGGAUGCAUCGUUUCUAUUCUGCUUGUACAGUGCACGUCUGGUUCGCUUCUAAAAAACGUUUGAAUACUAGCUUUGUUUUGAA